CAAAGUAACCGCCCCUAGAUUUGACAUUAUUUACCAUAUUACCCUUCGUUCACCGCUCCUUUAACCUCUCUCUUCGUCUUUUUUUCCCCUAAUCUGACCGUACAAUACAAAGCGAUGGCGAGAGGGUCUUCGCAGUCCCAACAAUCAACCUCCACCGGAGGCUCAACCGCUCGACCCGGUCUGGCCGCUCAACGUGGAUCCGCCGCCGCUACUGCAGGCAUGCGUCGCCGCAGGCUAGGUGGCGGCGGAUCGGCAUCGUCAGGCGGCGGAUCCGCGGGUGGAUCAGGACCGAGCAACAUGCUGAGGUUCUACACAGACGAAGCUCCGGGUUUGAAGAUCUCACCGACCGUGGUUCUGAUCAUGAGUCUCUGUUUCAUCGGCUUCGUCACAGCUCUUCACGUCUUUGGAAAACUCUACCUCCACAAAUCCGGAUCAUCCCAAGCUUCUUCUUAGAUCCCCCGGCCGGAUCUUGAUCUUCUCCUUUGCAUGUUGAAUCAGUGAUCGCGCUGCUGUGUUUUUCGAUGAGAUCUAUGUAAAUCGCUCUAAACGUUGAAUAAAAAACAUG